AUGUUGAGACCUGUUUUAAUCAUCUUCAUCAUUUUAGCAAUAGCAUCAGCCUCCACAGCCCAAUCAUCAUGCUCCACACACACCUUCCCAAGAAACCAAAUCUUCAGCACGUGCAUCGACCUCCCGAUCCUCGACUCGCACCUCCACUGGAAUUACGACAGCUCAGCAAGGACCCUACGAGUGGCGUACCGCCACACGGGCAUCUCACCCGACAGGUGGAUCGCGUGGGCCCUCAACCCGACGGGCCAGGGCAUGGUCGGGGCCCAGGCCCUCGUGGCCUACCGUAGGCCCGACGGCAGCAUAAGGGCCUACACCUCCCCUGUGGCCGGUUACCAGACCCGUCUCGAAGAGGGGAACCUCAGUUUCCCGGUUUCGGAUUUGUCGGCCACUUACUCGGGGGGCGAGAUGGUCAUUUUCGCUACCUUGAGGCUCGACAAUUUCAGCUCGGGGGGGAAAGUUAACCAGGUUUGGCAGGAAGGGCCCGUCUCGGGGGGUGUCCCGGGGAUGCACCCGACAACUGGGGCUAAUGUUCAGUCGGUUGGGAGGUUGGAUUUGCUGUCGGGCUCAGUUGCCGGAGGGGGAAUGGGUGGGAGCUCCAGGUUGAAGAAAAAGAAUAUUCAUGGAGUGCUGAAUGCAAUAAGCUGGGGUCUCCUAUUGCCAAUUGGAGCUAUUUUUGCAAGGUACCUAAAAGUAUUCCAUUCAGCCGAUCCCGCUUGGUUCUAUCUUCACGCAACCUGCCAAACCUCGGCCUACAUCAUUGGGGUUGCGGGCUGGGCCACGGGCCUCCGGUUGGGAAGCCAAUCUUCCGGAGUCACAUACACGGCCCACAGGAUUAUCGGCAUCGUGAUCUUUUGCCUUGGAACCCUACAGGUGACUGCACUGCUGUUGAGGCCGAAAAAGGAGCACAAACACAGAAUCUACUGGAAUGUAUACCACCACACGAUCGGCUACUCGGUCAUAAUCCUCAGCAUUAUUAACAUUUUCAAAGGUUUUGACAUUCUGAAUCCGGCUGAGAAGUGGAAAAGAGCCUACGUCGGGAUCCUAAUAGGUCUGGCUUUUGUUGCUGCAAUUUUGGAGGCCUACACGUGGUGUGUAGUUUUAAAGAGGAAAAAAUCGAGCAGCUCUCAGAAAAUGGCUAAUGGAGGUAAUGCUUACAGUGGAUAUGGAGCAUCAAGAGCACAUGAAUAUAGAGUAUGA